AUGGUGGCGGACUCCGCGGAGCACACGUGGUCUUCGUGCGAUUCUGCGUGGGCGCAGUAUUUUCUGAGCUGCGCGCAGUUGGAGGAGGUCCUCGGCGUCGACUGCUCGGGGUGCAGUUGCCCAGGGGACGUCAGCGCCUCUGGCACCUGCGACGCCUCCGACGGGACGUCGUUCAGCUCGAAUUACCCGUGCAAGUGCGGUUUCACAAAUUGCAUGACGAACCAGGUCUGCACUUCUGCGACCAGCGCCUGCGUCGAGCCAGACAAAUUGUGGAUCUCAGUGCCUUGCUGGACGCCCUCCACUUCCGAAUUCGACAGAUCAGGCGUCAGCGCGAGCGGCGCGCCCGUGUACACCAAUGGCGCGCAAUACUUGUACUACGACCUUGCCUGCGACGGGAACGACGCCACAGGUGCUCGCUGGAUCCUCGACGACGGCGAGCCUCACCCUGCCGCGAACACCGACCUCGACGGCGACGGCAUGUGCGCCUACCUGGGCUACGUGAGCUCCAGCGUGGAGACUGGCCCCCCCUCCGGCACCGCCACGUGGGAGGUCGCCUGCGCCGGGGAGCCCGCGCAGGCCCUGCAGAUCACCAUCAGCGCCACGGACCCGGCCACGCCCGCGCCCUCGGGCGCCCCGACUCCGAGCCCGACCCCUGCGCCGGGCCCGGCGCCCACGCCCGCGCCCUCGGGCGCCCCGACGCCGGGCCCGACCCCUGCGCCGAGCCCGGCGCGGCUCCCGACGCCGACCCCGACCCCGCCGCCGAGCCCCGCGCCGAGCCCGGCUCCGGGCCCGGCCCCGGGCCCCGCCCCGAGCCCGGCCCCGAGCACGACCGCGGCCCCGCCCGCGGCCGCGCCGGGCGCCGGCGAGCCGGGGGGCGCCUCCACCACGGCGGCGGCGCCGCCGCCCGCAGAGGCCACGACCGCCGCCCAGCUCGACGCCCAGCUCGGCGCCACCACGGCCGAGGCAGAUAGCGCGUGGCUGGAGAUAGUGGCCGUCGUGGUGGGCGUCCUGGCGCUGGCGGCACUCGUCGUGUGGGGCCUGCGCGGCAGAGCCCUCAGCGCGGUACGGCUGUGUGGGCCCGAGGGGCCCUCUAGGGCGCUGACCACGCCGGACAAUGUGUGCGCGGUCACCUGCGACAUAGUGCGGAAGUCCAUCGCCCGCAUCCUGACAGUCUACAACCAGAAGCAGAAGGCGGAGGCGCGGAAGGAGUGCAAGGGGAAGAAGUACAUCCCGCUGGACCUCCGCCCGAAGAAGACCCGCGCCCUCCGUCGGGCGCUGAAGGUGGAGCAGAAGACGGCCAAGACGGCGAAGGAGAAGACAAGGAGCAGCAAUUUCCCCAUGCGGCGCUUCGUGGUCACCAUGUGA